AUGUGGAGUAUUCUAGGGAACCAAGCUCUCUGCUGUUCAGGAAAAGUGUGCUGUGCAUUUAUGUGUGGAGCAUGCAUGAGAAAAUGCAAAACGAAAUCAGUUCAUCAUGCGAGAUUCGGGUACAUCACUUUAUCAUUUCUUGGGUGCCUUUUAUCACUUAUUGUAAUUUUUGUUGGGCCUUCAUUUUCUGACAAAUUAGAUGAAUAUGGGAUUGUAGAUUGCAACAAUGAUGAUUUAAAAUGUUUAGGGACGAGCACUGCAUACAGAAUAGGCUUCUCUAUGGGAAUUUUCUUUUGUAUAACAACUUUGAUAACUUUAAUUGGUGGAGAAAUUUAUGUCUUGUUUGAAUACGGAUGCAUAAUUAAAAUAUGGCGUCUUCGUCUGGGCAUGGCCUCCCGGCCAUGCAGCCUCGACUCAUAUUUUAAUUAUAUCCGGCAAGGUUUUACCAUUUCAGAGAUGGACAGCAAUGCUAGGUAAGCAAUUCUGGUAGCUUUCAGAGCCUAGCCCAAGUCUAUUCUCAGGGGUGGAUUUUUCCUCGUGGGGAAGGGAGGGUGCAAGGUUGGAAAGGGGAAGCCCAGCAAAGUCCUCUGGACCAUUCGGGCAACUCCCUAGCGUGAAACUGGGCGUUACGUCCCAGGCUUUGCAUUUUUUCUUUUUUGCCGAUAGCCGACCAGAAAAAUCCAUUUUUUGGGUUUUUCGAAAAAGCAACCCAUGUAACAAGCAAGUAGCUCAUCCAUGAGCCGUCGAAGACGUGGACAUUUGCCCUGGAAGCACCCUGGUGAUCAAAGCGAGUUUGUCUCCAGCAGACUGGUGGGCCCGAUGCGACGAAAGGCGAGUGAUAAACCUGGAGUUGUAACCCCGUAGUGGACGUUAAGCGAUAUAAAUUCUAAUGUAAUGUAAUGUUUGAAUACGGAUGCUGGCCACUUAAAUUUGGCUUAUUUGUAAGCUUGCUUGUUCUCAGUUUUUUGAUACCAAAUAGUGCGUUUGUAAUUGCUAUUUAGAAUUGGAUCCUUGCACUUACUCUCCCCUCCGUGAGCGAACAAAGCGAUUGGAAAGAUCCCUAUUUUUUGCCCAAAAAACCCACCCUCUGUGAGAGACAAAAAAAAAAUUUAUGAAAAAAUUUUGGAUAUAUAUUAUAAUGAAAUCUCUAGCUAAUUCUAUUGGAUUUUAAACAAUUUGUAUUUUAAACAUAAAUUUUACAAAUAAAUCAAUAUUUUGCUUCAAUUUUUAUAAAUGGAUUUUUUUAAAUUUUGAAAAAAAAAAGUUUUUUAUAAAAUUUAUAUGAGAGAAUAAGUUUUUUAUUUCGCUAAUGAAGGGGAGUUAGUAUAAUUUUCAGUAUCAUUUUCCUCGCAGUUCAGUUGAUUUUAUUGAUUGACUUUGCUUAUACUUGGAAUCAGACUUGGGUAGAGAAUUACGAUACAGGGAACGAAUCAAAGUUCUGACUAUUUUGAAUGUUUUUCUUCACAGGGUUAAGCUGGGCGUUAAUCACUACUAUGGCGAUUUGCAGCUUUUUUUAUUUCCAAUGCACUUUGGCUAUCAUAUCAACAAGUGCUUGCGCUGUUUUAGGGAUUGCUAUAACUGCAAUCAAUAGCUCUAAUUUGAUUGAGCACGGGUGUAAGUGUUAUUUAGCUUUAUUAACUAGCUCAAUUAUAUCACUACUGUUUAAUUAUUUAAACUUCAGCGCUUUGUCAGCGAAUCCAGAUUCAGAUUGCAAUGUAUGGGAGCCAGAUGACUACAACUUUUUGCUUCUUUUCUGUGAUUUGCUCCUAUGCUUGGCAUCAAUGAUUUUUUAUGCUUUCAAACACAAUCCAGAAGCUGCACAUCAGUCAGCUGCGACAAUGAUGGAAAUGCAUGCAAUUAAUGAAGACACCAGCUCAGACAUCGAAGAAGAUACCAAAGAAAUUUCUGAAUCUGCUCAACAGGAUUCAGCGUAUUUCCAUCUUCUAAUGGCCUGCUACUCUUUAACCCUUGGCAUGAUACUUACUAAUUGGGGUCUAGUUUCUGGGUUCUCGUAACUUCUAUUUAGGACUUAUUUGAGCUUUAUAGUGAGAGCCAGUCAAACCUUUGCUCUUAUUUCAUUAUUCAUAUGGAGUAUGUACGCUCCUGCAUGUUGUCCUGAUAGAGACUUUUCUUUAUAA